AUUGUAGAAAAUGAGAAAACAGUAGUUUGUGAUGUAAGGAAGCACGAUUUGGGGUGUGUGAUUUUUAUAAAAUAAAAAGAGCCUCAAACUCGGUUCCAAUUGCCUUCUCUUUUCUUUGUUAUGUAUUGAGUUUCUCACAGAUAUAUUACAGCAGAAACACUGUCUUUUAUCUUCUCCUGUUGUACUGCAGAAAAUCUCACAGAUGCAAGGAAUAGGAGCAGGAUUUGUGAGUUCAAACGAGGUAGAGCUGAGUCCCACUAUGAGUAACUCGUCCUCACUGUCCAUGGAGCUAGACGAGUCUACCGAGACCAGGAUCCAACGCCUCAUAUCGGAGCAUCCGGUCAUCAUCUUCACCCGAUCCUCCUGCUGCAUGUGUCAUGUCAUGAAGAAUCUCUUAGCCACCAUCGGUGUUCAUCCCACCGUCAUCGAAUUAGAUGAUAAUGAGAUCGCCGCCCUUCCCCUCCCAGACACCAUCGCCCCUGCAGCAUUCAUUGGCGGCACCUGCAUCGGUGGCCUUGAAUCCCUUGUCGCACUCCAUGUCACCGGCCACCUCAUUCCUAAACUCGUCCAAGUCGGCGCUCUCUGGGUAUGACACAACCCAACCAACCACUAUCACCUAUCCAUAUUCCCAAACUACAUUCCAUUGUCUCAUUCCUCUCUCUUUAUAAUUCUCUCCUUAAUUAAUCUUUAUAUAUGUUAUGCUAUGCAAUUGCUAGUUAGUACCUAGUAUUAUUAUUAUUAGUAUUAGUUUUAAAACCAAGAAACAUGGCUAAUUGUAUAAUUUAGGGUUGUGAAAUGAAAUCUCAAUUUGUGUUUGAGUGUUGUUAAUGAAACUUUUCCUUUGAUGGACAUGGCAUCCGGUGAUAAUAACAAUAACAUUAAUUUGUCUUGAAUGCGUUAUCCAGUAGAUUGAUCGGGUCCGUAGAUUGGUCCCAUUGACAAUUAUGAAGCAAUCGGGACCGUAGAUGGAGCGGUGACUUUGUCAGUUUGCUUCGGGAAUCCUAAGCUUAUCUCUUCUUCCUUUUACCUUAUAUGUAAAAUUAUUAGUUUCCAGGUUAAAAUCAUGGCAGUUUGUUUUUAUAUACCUAGUAUGCUUUUAUCUUUGUUCA